CAUAACAUCACUAUUUUCUCCACACUCCCUUUUUUCACUUUCCCAUCCUACCCCUCUCCUUUCCUCCUCUCCCCGCGUUUCCUUACCCAAAUCCACCCUUUCCCCAAGCCCAUUUUCGUCAAGUCACCACAAAACCUUCCGCGGCAGCCAUGGACAUCGGCUUCAUGGAAUUGAUGCAAAACCACCCCGAUUUCGCCGCCGCCUUCGACGACGACGACAGCGACAACACUAUCAACAACAACACCGAUGACUUUGAAAACUUCGACGUCCAAUCGUACCAAGAUCCGUCGCCGGCGGCGGCGGCGGCGUUCCCUCCGCCGCCGAGCUCUGUGGCGGCGAUGAGGGAGAUGAUAUUCCGGAUCGCGGCGAUGCAGCCGGUCCACGUGGACCCGGAGUCGGUGAAGCGGCCGAGGAGGAAGAACGUGAGGAUCUCGACGGACCCGCAGAGCGUGGCGGCGCGCCACCGCCGCGAGAGGAUAAGCGAGCGGAUCCGGAUCCUGCAGCGGCUGGUGCCCGGCGGGACGAAGAUGGACACGGCCUCGAUGCUCGACGAGGCCAUCCACUACGUCAAGUUCUUGAAGAGCCAGGUGCAGUCGCUUGAGCGGGUCGCCUCCGCCCCGCCCCGGCCCGAGGACACCGGGCUCGGGUUCCCCGUGGCGAUGUCGAGCGGGAGCUAUUAUCCGGCGGCGGCGGAGGGGUACCGUUGAUAGGGGGAUUGGAUAUGGUGUUGAUUAAUAUUUGAUGAUAAAAUUUGAUUUGAUUAAAGUGGUUAAUUGGUUGAUUAUAUAUGAGUUUAUGAAAAGGGAAGAGUGGAUGAUGUGUAUAAUUAUGAUUGGCUAAUCAUGUCAUGCAUGCUUUUCUAAAUAGA